CUUUUGAUUAAAAAGUUAUUUUUCGUUUUACACAUCAACAAAAAUGGCGGACAUAGAAAAAGUGAAAGUACUAGUUGUUGGGGAUUCUGGAGUUGGUAAAACAUCACUUGUUCACAUUAUCUGCCACAAUGAACCUUGCUACACCCCAACAGCAACAAUUGGUUGUUCAGUUGAAGUUAAAUUGCACGAGUACAGAGCAGGAACACCUUUAGAAAAAGAUUUUUUUGUUGAGCUCUGGGAUAUAGGAGGUGCAGCUAGCCAUGCCAAUAGCAGGUCCAUUUUUUAUCACCAAGUUCAAGGUAUAAUUCUAGUUCACGAUUUAACCAACCGUAAAUCUCACCAAAACCUGCGCAAGUGGCUAGCUGAAACAUUAAAUAAAGAUGAUAUCAAACAAAAUAAUGGAUAUGAUUUUGACCCAGAGCAAUUUGUUGGCAAUCAGACACCGAUUCUAGUCAUUGGCACCAAAGUUGAUUCAGCACAAUCUUUAAGAGAAAAAAAUGCUUUCCGUUCAUCCCAUAUAGCGGAGGAAUGUGGGGCUGAUGAGUUUAAUUUAGACAGUUUACAGGUAAAAUACUUAGCACCAGGCUCAACAAAUGCUGUAAAGUUAUCCAAGUUUUUUGAUAAGGUGGUGGAACGAAAGUUGUCCAGUAACCAGGUCAGUACUACUGAAAGUGGUGGUAGUCGCCAAGGUUACGAGUUUGGACCUUAUUAGGUCCACCAUUACGGUCACAUUAGUCCACAGCAGUCUAGACGACUUUGGAAAGCUUCCCAUGCAGAUUGAUGAGAAAUUUAGACUGGUGUUCGCAGUGUAAAUAAAUGAUUCUCCUUUGAUUUCAUUCAUGUAAACAAUUUCAUUGCAUCACAAAUGGCUGUGAUAAAAUUAAAAACAUUGCAUUGUUUAAAAUUA